GAUUGUCGAGUGAUUGAAUUCAAAGAAGGAGCAAAAAAUAAGAUCUUAACAAAUCACGUCAUUAGGGGAGAUCAUCUGCCAGACAAGGAUGUUUGUGAAUUGAGAUGCUAUCUUGAACCAAACUGCGUGUCCUACAACUAUGUUCCACUGUCAGAUGGAACAUUCACAUGUGAACUGAAUGACAGGACCCACUUACAAGUCCCCGACUCCCUUGAAGACAAAAGUGGAUUUGUAUACACAGAAAUUUUUGUAAGUACGGCCUGGUAACAUGCAGUUUUAAUUUACAAAGGUGAUCAAUUUACGAACAAAAAAAACUCGGAUAUAGUGUUGUUCCCUUCGAUGUUAUUUAUUUAUCUAUUCAUCAUUUUAAAAUUAAUUUAUUUUAUAAAUUGAUAUAUUUUCUUCUUAUCUUUUCAGAAUCCUUGUGAGAGCAUUCCAUGUGCCAAUCACGCCACAUGUCAAGCGGGGUUUGGUAACCAUGGAUACCGCUGUUUUUGUCCUGCUGGAUAUCGAGGAGUUCAGUGUGAAACAGGUGAGGAAAAAAAAAAACAUCUAACGAUAAAAAGAUGAGUUCAGACAGUUCAAUAUUUAAUUGAGUUUACAUUAAAGUUAACAAGCUAUAAUUGCCAAAAAAAUUAUGCGUGCAAUAUUACGAUGGAGAAAAGACAGGAGAACAGGCGUAAGAAUCCUGACUAAAAAGAUGUGAAAAGGACAGGCAGGAAGAGAGACAGAAAGAAAAGUACACAGAUACACAGGGCCACUUUCAUAGAGUUGGAAGAAAUGUCUUAUAGUGGAGAGUUUCUAGCUUUGGUUUUUUUUCUUAAAUUCUGUGAAGAUGUUGAUGAAUGCCAAUUAGCAAAACACUGCUGAGCGCGAAUGUGUCAAUAAUUUGGGUUCAUAUCAGUGCUCACAUUGUCGACCUGGAUAAAUUGACGAUGGAGAGACAAGAGCAAAUUGACGAUGGAGAGACAAGAGCAAUCCGUGUGUUAGUAACUCCACAUGUCAAGCGGGGUUUGGUAGUCAUGGUUACCGCUGUAUUUGUUCUGAUGGAUAUGAAGCAGAGCUUUGCCAAAUAGGUGAGAAAGGAAACUCCUUGCGAUAGAUUGAAUUCUUCAUUUCUUGCCAAAACUUUAGAUGAUUGCCGAGUGAUUCAGUUCAAAGCAGGAACGAAAAACAAGAUCUUAACAAAACACGUCAUAAGAAGUGAACAAGCAAAGGACAAGAAUAUCUGCGGGUUUAAAUGCUACUUUGAACCAAACUGUGUGUCCUAUAACUAUGGUCCGUUGGGAGAUGGAACAUUCACAUGCGAGCUAAGCAACAGAACUCAUUUGCAAGUCUCUCCCAGUUACUUCGAAUAUAGGAACGGCUCUUUAUACAGAUCAAUCAUUGUAAGUAAAUGACCAUAUGAGUUUUACCAGGGUGAUCGUUCCGCAAGCGAGAAACCUCUGUUUCACGUUGAUCCUCGUUUAUUUAUUUACCACUUUAUUAUUUAUCUCUCUAAAUACUCAGUCAAUUUAUUUACUCAUCUAAGCUUUAUCUAUCUAAUUACUUGAUUCAUCUUUUGCAUUUUAGAAUUCCUGUGAGAGCAAUCCGUGUGUUAGUAACUCUACUUGUCAAGCGGGGUUUGGUAGUCGUGGUUACCGCUGUAUUUGUUCUGACGGAUUUGAAGGAGGGCUUUGCCAAAGAGGUGAGAAAGGAAACUCCUCGCGAUAGCAGGUCUUCAUCUCUCAGGUUUACGGUUAAAGUUACACAAUAAAGCUGCAAAUAAAGUAGCCUCUCAUCAAGGAGAGCUUUGAAUCCUCAUCUGUUUAAUUAAUACAACCUUGAUAUCUGCAUCAAAGGAUAUCUCCGUCAUGGGGCAAGGGGCAAGUUAGAUUUGUUCUGUAUGUGCUCUGUCAAAUGCUAGAAGUUGUCAGAAGGAUUGAAACUCCAAGGUUGUGACAACUAGAGAAGUCGUGUUAAGAUGUUCCUCUAGAGCAUUAACCGAGGUGUGAUAUCAAAGUAUUGCUGUCGUGAUGUGAUAAAUCCUAGAUAAUGGAGCUUACAGAAAAACGAGAAAGUAAGAGAAUAUCGGAAUAAGAAUGGGUGAUAUGAAGGGAAAAGUGCCUCAUGUUGUCAAUUGUGGAUAUUUGAUGCAAGGGUAAGAACAGAAAUGAAACCAAUUAAAAUACAAGUUUCGUAUAGGUAAUCACGUGAUUUCGAGUGCAAUUUGGAAUAAAUAAGCACGAGUAAAUAUUUUUAAAGACUAACAAAGUUGCACGAGCCGGUAGGGCGCGUGCAAUUUGUGGUCUUUGAAAAAAUUAACAAGUGCUUGUUUAUUUCAAAUUGCGCGAUAAAAAUCAUGUGACUACGUGUUAAUAAUAUGCAUGAAAAAAUACGAGAUGGCUUAUCACAAUUUAGCAUAAGCAAAGCGCGCGCAUCAAGUGCAAAAAUAAUUUAUUCAAACAGUAAUAUGCAAUGAUAUCUUCACAUCUUUAAGGCGCAAAAAAGUUCAAAGUCCGGCUAAACAGUUCAAGGAAGUGUUCAGUCUGUGUCGGAAUCACUUUCCAUGAAAUGGAAUCAUCGUUUCCGAGGUUUAACCAUGUUUAUUUUUAAUUUCGACUUUGGAUCGCUCGAGCAAAAUGUUAAGCUGGGUCGGCUCGUAAUUUUCGAUUUCCUUGGCAAUUCCCUUCUCUAAACACCACUUUUGCCAAACCGACAACCAAAAAGCAGUGCUUUUUACAGUGUUUUCGUUGUUUGAGCUGUUUUUCAGCCGCGGUGGCGAAAGAAAACCUACUUAAAACGCCGGCCAUUGUUUCGCUCGCAAAUUUUCAAGUUUUGUUGCGACAUCCAAGGCACGCAUUUGAUUGGCUAUCUGUGAAUUUCUUUGAUUAUUGACCAAUCAGAAUGUCUGAGUUGUCACUUUCUUUUCACUGAAUUAACCCUCUUCUGCACUGAAUUAACUCUCUUCUGCACUGAAUUACCUGAAAACUGCAUUUAUCAUAACCAAUCAUGUAUAUUAUUAGUGCUGAAAGCAAAUAGUUGAAAUUUUGGAAAAACUGACAGAAAUAAUUGAUUAAUACGAUGGAGGUGCACUUUAGAUGAAAAAAGAUCUAUUUCAAAAUAAGGAAUAUUAUGGUUUUUUUCAUAUUCCUUUAAUCUUAAAUAGAUAUUGACGAAUGCAUCUUAGGCAAGGAGAAGUAUUCCUCUGAUGGCAGUUGUGUUAAUGUUAUGGGCUCAUACGUCUUACUUUUCCAUCUUUUGUAACUCGUGUGUAGAUACUGAUGAGUGUACAUCGAGGAAACACGAUUGUUCCUUUGACAGGGACUGUGUUAAUGUGAUGGGUUCCUAUCAGUGCUCUUGCAAGCCUGGAUUUACUGGCGAUGGUAAAAUUUGCCAAGGUAACAUUUAUUUUAUAUAAAAGUGCAAAGCUAUUGAUUACCCUCUUCACCAGUCUUGCAAGACAGAGAUAACUGAUGUGAUUCGCAGGGUCAGUUGAAAUUACUGCUAAAACAGGUCAGUCUUUACAUGUUAAUGUAACGGAGAAAGCUGCCUCCACAUCAUAGUUAGCAAAAUUGCUUUUUUAAGCAUAUCUAAAAUAUACAGAACGAUGCCGAACUUCUGGCAAACCUGUGAAUUUACGACCCCAGCACGUUACACUUUUCAGUAGACUCUGGGAAACGCCAAAUAAAACAACCCCACCUCUUCUGAUAAUUUCCCUACACCUUGAUUAGUCUUAUAUUAAAUUACUACUUAGAUAUCGAUGACUGUAGCGAUGGAAGCCAUGACUGUCACUUUGCACCGAUUGUACAAACACCGCUGGAUCAUUCGACUGCAGCUGUCAGUCUGGACACCUUGGAGAUGGACGGCACUUUUGCUCAGGUAUAUCUUGAUCUUUAACCCAAAACACAAACAAAUGUGAGUGAGUAGUGUGGUUUGAACAUAACCACAGUUAUUUUUGAAUUACUUUCCUCCAACAAAUCAAUUUAUUUUGCGUUACCAUUUCUAAGACGCGAAAACCUAAGGCUUUUGAAACCUGACAAACUAUUUAACAGAUAACUGGAAAAAGGUCAACCUCGAUCCUGUCUGUUUUGGGACAAAAAAUGACGACCACGGAACUUUUUAUAUCCAAGAAGCCGGUCAAAUCUACACAUUUAAACUUGUCCAUACAAGUGGUUCCGUGACAUGCACCACUUCAACAAAGUGGGGAUGCUCAUCUCCAAGUUACAGAAAUCACAACCUAAUGACGGUGAUAACUUACAGUAACAAAACAGUUCUUCCGCUUGCUGAGUUCUUGAAAGGCAACGACAACACAUACUAUACUUACCAACUCGACGGUGCCGAUUUCAACUCCACAACACUAGCGUUUAAAAUCCUCCCCACCCCACUGGUUGUAUUGGUCGGUCAGCAGUUCCAAUUAUGGUAUGCGCAUGACUUGGUUGAUUAUACUGAGUAUAAUAACGGUGGUAAGACAUGCGCAGACGUUUAUGCUCUUUACCAUUGACACGGUUAAACGGUUGCGGCAACUACAGGUGACUUCAGCCGUACGUCUGCACUUUGCUGAAUCACAGCCGGCAAACAGUUGGAGAGUGGCUGUUAUUUAGUUCAUAAAGAAGGCACGGUAGAUGUGAUAUGGCUUCAGUCACUAGGUCCUUAAUGAAUGGUCCGUUCAGUUGGUACGAUAAGUAAGCUGAUUGGUUGUAGGGUCCCUAUAUUGACAAAUGCAGCGAGCUUCGACAUCGAUAUGGAAACGUAGUAGAUAAUUUCAUGUAAUAAUGCAAGUAUGUAAUAACGAAAAAAAAGAAAAAAAAAAUAUUAAGAGUCGAGAUUUGCCAUAAUAUUACCUAGUGUAGUAAUGAAGUGCCUCCUUAGCUAUUCACCAGCUCACAUUCAACGCGCGCCUACUGCAUUAUUGUUAAAUAUUUCCCAACAAUUACUUUCCCGGCGGCUGAUGCUUAUUAAUUUGCUUUCUUUCAAUGAAAAUGUUUUGAAAAUAGACUUUAGCUUCCCGGAGCUCUUCAAAACUUCAAUAAAUGACAAUCUCUUAUAUCAGCUUUUCUUUAAGAUAGCUCAAAUUUAAAACUGUCGAGUUUCAUUUUAUGCCGUGUUUCUGUUUUUCAUCAUCUUUAGAAUGGAUUUGAGUCCAGGAAUCGCAUUUUGAAUAGCUUGUAUUUAAUUUUAUCUUCAGUAAAUAAACAACUGAACUUACAGAAAUUUUGAUUGGCAAUAAGAGGUGAUUGGGGUACCCCCGUUGGUUUUAAAAGUUAAGAAAAGUGUCCUACGGUAGUUGUUAUAUGCGUUUGUCGCGUCUUGAAGAUACGUGACGGGAUGGCGGUACGUUCUUGACAGAAACGAUUGUUAAACCGUUUAACUAUCCAACAAAAAUUAGCCCUGAAUAAUUUCGGUAUCCAAAAACACUACUUUUUUUGUGGGUGGCCGGCGCAUUUAAAUUUCACUUUAAAGCAAUGUCGACGGGGUGUCCUUGUGAUAUAUUGUCAAUUCAGUUGUUUCCUUUGGCAUUGUGGUAUUUCAUCUUUUUUUUUUGUUCCUUUUUUACAAGGCAGGACAUCAGCCUCUUUUAUGACACCAAGGCGAUAUAUUUGAGUUAAGAUGAGAAAAAAAAUGAUUAAUCUUAAGGUAAACAAACGUCAGGUGCAAACUUGACCCAUGUAAGUGUAUCACCAACCCAAUCCACAUUGAGAAUUUUCUAUGUGAUUGAUAUCAAGUGGAUUCACUUUAAUUGUAUUCAAUUUUACCCUCCUUCUUACUUGAAUUUGGUUAUUUAGAGACACAGGUGUUCAAGUUUGGGUUUAUCACUUGAAAUAUUUUAGCUUAAAAAAGUGUUGAUGGUUUUUUUCAGUUUUCAUUUCCACAAAAUUAAUCUAUGGCUAUUCAGCAUGUUCUGUGUUUCAAGUAUUUCCUUAAGCUUUCAUCGAAUCGUUGAACUAUUCCUACUUAAUUAAAAUAAAUAAGCAUGCCUCCUCGCACGUCUUUGUCUUGGAGCUUUUUGAAGCGGUCCAACCUUUUAGUAUAGUGAUCCUUCAAUAAAUUGAUUUGCCGUUGAACGCACUCGACAGAUUUUCAAUUUCAUUUAAUGCAAACAUUUAAUUGGUAACACUGAAAAACCUCUUGCGUUAGGCAAUCUUCGGCAAACGGUUAAUUAGUUAUUUACAAAGGCUAACAUCACGCAUUGAAGUUAUUUUUUUCUCUUACAGUUUUUCUGUAAUUCUUAAGACUCAAUGUUUUGUUUUCAAAUUAAGUUUGGCCAUGUGAAUGUUCAAGUGACGUAUUCGUAAAUGUUAAAAAAUAAAAUUCUAUAACUUCGAAGGGUGCUGAUCUCACAUCUGCCGCUUACAUUAAUAAUUACUUUCCUCUUUUAUGAUUCUGCAAUUCGCUGUAUUAUUUUGAGUGUUGAAAUAUUAUGUCUGGUUGCAUUUACAAGAGAGACCAGCGUUUCAUUCAGCUCGCUAGAGCUAGCUGAAGGGUGUUCUCACUAAGGACAAUAUGGUACUGCUCUCACCUGCCGUUAGUGAUCCUUCAAUGAGUAAGGUCCUAACUUUUCUAUGGAUUUUUCGUUUUGGUGUACUGGUGUAUGGAGGUAAGUGACUCCUGCCAAAAGCUGGCAUCGCUGACACUUUAAUCUAUUAUCACUGUUGUAUUCGUGAUCAGAUUCAUAUCCUUGUGUUAUGGUACAAAAAAAAGUAAGUGUGUGAAAAGAGAAAACUCAUUAAGUUAACUUUAGAUCUAUUCAUGGUAAUGAUGUGAAAUUUCGAAUUCUUAAAGUAAAUAUGGCAGAAAUGGGAUAUUGCACGAUAGCACGUUAUUGCAAAACUACCCUGUUUACAAUGCCGUGAUCUUAGUUGGGCUUGAAGGAAACGUGGACGUGGAGAGAAGAUCUGUUGGUAAAAUUAUUGCUGAUUCAAGGCGACAUUGGUCUAUAUGUGAUUUGUCCACAGUUUUUGAGUUGCUGAUGUCCGAUUAUUAUAUAUAAUAAAUGGAACGGAAAAAGACACUGAUGAAGACCUUGAAAGCUAAAGGAGUAAUAAUAUAGACUUGCUAUCGUAAAUAAUUUUUCUAAAGCUGACGUUCCAGAGCGAAGCGCUAACGGUUAUUGAAUUAUACCCCCACUGAUGCAGCGUUACAGUUUCCUUAGAAACCUACCCCCUCAUUUGAAAACCAGAUCCUAAUUAAAAUCACAGUGGUGAACAUCAAUCUUGUUCUUAAAUGUCAUGGGUAAAUGAAAAAAUUAUUCUCCGAAAAAGCAACUUUUCUGUUAAGAUGAAUAUGAUACCUUGAAUUCAAGUGUCAGGCUAUUCAGCUUAGUCAGUCAACUAAAGAAAACAGAGGAAAGGCUUAUCACCUGCCUUUCUUUCGAGGAUGAAAGAGCAUAGCAAAUAUCCGUGUUUUUUUUUUUUUCGUCGAGCGGCAAAUCAAGAGUUAAUUAUGUAGUUUUUCUGGCAUUCAUGGAACAACUUUCAACAAAUAUUGCGAUAAAACUUAGGUUGUCGGCUUCCUUUAAGUUUGUGUGCCGUUUGAUUUCAUUUUCUCAUUGAAUUCUUCAUUUCUUGCCAAAACUUUAGAUGAUUGCCGAGUGAUUCAGUUCAAAGCAGGAACGAAAAACAAGAUCUUAACAAAACACGUCAUAAGAAGUGAACAAACAAAGGACAAGAAUAUCUGCGGGUUUAAAUGCUACUUUGAACCAAACUGUGUGUCCUAUAACUAUGGUCCACUGGGAGAUGGAACAUUCACAUGCCAGCUAAGCAACAGAACUCAUUUGCAAGUCUCUCCCAGUUACUUCGAAUAUAGGAACGGCUCUUUAUACAGAUCAAUCAUUGUAAGUAAAUAACAAUAUCAAUUUUACCAGGGUGAUCGUUCCGCGAGCGAGAAACCUCUGUUUCAAGUUGAUCCGCCUCGUUUAUUUAUUUACCCACUUUAUUAUUUAUCCCUCUAAAUAUUCAAUUUAUUUAAUUACUCAUCUAAGCUUUAUCUAUCUAAUUACUUGAUUCAUCUUUUGCAUUUUAGAAUUCCUGUGAGAGCAAUCCGUGUGUUAGUAACUCUACAUGUCAGGCGGGGUUUGGUAGUCAUGGUUACCGCUGUAUUUGUUCUGACGGAUAUGAAGGAGAGCUUUGCCAAAGAGGUGAGAAAGGAAACUCUCGCGGUAGCAGGUCUUUAUCUCCCAGGUUCAUAGUUAAAGUCACGCAAUAAAGCUGCAAGUAAAGUAGCCUCUCAGCAAGGAAAGUUUUGAAUCCUCAUCUGUUUAAUCAAUACAGCCUUAAUAUCUGCAUCAAAGGAUAUCUCCUCUAUAAGGCAAGGGGCAAGUUAGAUUUGUUCAGUAUGUACUCUCUCAAAUGCUAGACGUUGUCAGAAGGAUUGAAACUCCAGAGUUGCGACAACUGGAGACGUCGUUAUAAGAUUUUCUUCUGCAGCAAUAACCGAGAGGUGAUAUCAAAGUAUUGCUGUCGUGAUGUGAUAAAUCAUAGAUAAUAGAUCUUAAAGAAAAACGAGAAAGUAAGAGAAUAUCGGAAUAGGAAUGGGUGAUAUGAAGGGAAAACUGCCUCAUGUUGUCAAUUGUAGAUAUUUGAUGUAAGGGCAAGAACAGAAAUGAAACAAAUAAAAGUAUAAGUUUCGUGCUGAAAGCCAAUAGCUGAAAUUGGGAAAAACUGACAGAAAUAAUUGAUUAAUACGAUGGAGAUGCACUUUAGAUGAAAAGAUCUAUUUCAAAAUAAGGAAUAUGUUUUUUUUCAUCUUCUUUUAAUCUUAAAUAGAUAUUGACGAAUGUGUCUAAGGCAAGGUGAAGUGUUCCUCUGAUGGCAGUUGUGUUAAUGUUAUGGGCUUAUACAUCUUACUUCUCCGUCUCUUGUAACUCGUGUGUAGAUACUGAUGAGUGUACAUCGAGUAAACACGAUUGUUCCUCUGACGGCGACUGUGUUAAUGUCGUGGGUUCCUAUCAGUGCUCUUGCAAGCCUGGAUUUACUGGCGAUGGUAAAAUUUGCCAAGGUAACAUUUAUUUUAUAUAAAAGUGCAAAGCUAUUGAUUACCCUCUUCACCAGUCUUGCAAGACAGAAAUAACUGAUGUGAUUCGCAGGGUCAAUUGUCCUUAAAAUUACUGCUAAAAAAGGGUUUUACAUGUUAAUGUAACAGAGAAGGCUGCCUCCACAUCAUAAUCAGCAAAAUUGCUUUUUUAAGCAUAUUUAAAAUAUACAGAACGAUGCCGAACUUCUGGCAAACCCGUGAAUUCACAAUCUCAGCACGUUACACUUUUCAGUAGAUUCUGGGAAACGCCAAAAAAACAACCCCACCUCUUCUGAUAAUUUCCCUACACCUUGAUUAGUCUCAUAUUCCAUUUCUACUUAGAUAUCGAUGAGUGUAACGAUGGAAGCCAUGACUGUCACUUUGCGGCCGAUUGUACAAACACUGCUGGAUCAUUCGACUGUAGCUGUCAGUCUGGACACCUUGGAGAUGGACGGCACUUUUGCUCAGGUAUAUCUUGAUCUUUAACUCAAAACAAACAAAUGUGAGUGAGUAGAGUGGUUUGAACAUAACCAAAGUUAUUUCUUUAAUUACUUUCCUCAAAAAAAAUCAAUUUAUUUUGCGUUACCGUUUCUAAGACGCGAAAACCUAAGGCUUUCUUUGAAACUUGACAAACAUUUUAACAGAUAACUGGAAAAAGGUCAACAUCGAUCCUGUCUGCUUUGGGACAAAAGAUGAUGACCACGGAACUUUUCAUAUCCAAGAAGCCGGUCAAAUCUACGCAUUUAAACUUGUCCAUACAAGCGGCUCCGUGACAUGCGUAUCCAUUUUAGCAAUAUCAACAAAGUGGGGAUGCUCAUUGCCAAUUUACGGAAAUCACAACCUAAUGACGGUGAUAACUAACAGCAACAAAACAGUUCUCCCGCUUGCUGAGUUCUUGAAAGGCAAUGACAGCACAUAUUAUACUUACCAACUUGACGGUGCCGAUUUCAAUUCCACAACACUAGCGUUUAAGCUCCUCCCCACCCCACUGGUUGUAUCGGUUGGUCAGCAGUUCCAAUUAUGGUAUGCGCAUGACUUGGUUAAUUAUACUGAGUAUAAUAACGAUGGUAAGACAUGCGCGGACGUUUAUGCUCUGUACCAUUUACAUGGUUAAACGGUUGUGGCAACUACAAAUGACUUCGGUCGUACGUCGGCACUUUGCUGAAUCACAGCCGGCAAACAAUCAGAGAGCGGGUGAUAUUUAGUUCAUAAAGAAGGCACGGUAGAUGUGAUAUGGCUUCAAUCACCAGGUCCUUAAUAAAUGGUCCGUUCAGUUGGUACGAUAAGUAAGCUGAUUGGUUACAGGGUCCCUAUAUUGACAAAUUCAGCAAGCUUCGACAUCGAUAUGGAAACGUAAUAGAUAAUUUCAUGUAGAAAUGCAAGUAUGUAAUGACGAAAAGAAAAAACAGAAAAAAAGCAAUACUAAGAGUCGAGAUUUGCUAUAAUAUUACCUAGUGUAGUAAUGAAGUGCCUCCUUAGCUAUUCACCAGCUUACAUUCAACGCGCGCUUACGGCAUUAUUGUUAAAUAUUUCACAACAGUUAUUUUCCCUGCGGCUGAUGCUUAUGAAUUUGCUUUCUUUCAAUGAAAAUGAAUUGAAAAUAAACUUUAGCGCCCCAGAGCUCAUAAAAAAACUUCAACAAAUGACAAUCUCUUUUAUCAGCUCUUCUUUAAGACAGCUUAAAUUUAAAGCUGUCGAGUUUCAUUUUAUGCCUUGUUUCUGUUUUUUUUCAUCAUCUUUACAGUGGUUUGAGUCCAGAAAUCGCACUUUGAAUAGCUUGUAUUUAAUUUUAUCUUCAGUAAAUAAAUAACUGAACUUACGGAAAUUUUGAUUGGCAGUAAGAGCUGAUUAGGGUACCCGUUGGUUUAAACAGUUAAGAAAAGUGUCCUACGGUAGCUGCAAUAUGCGUUUGUUGCCUCUUAAAGAUACAAGACGGAAUGGCGGUACGUUUGUGACAGAAACGAUUAUUAAACCGUUUAACCAUCCUACAAAUAUUAGCCCUGAAUAAUUUUGGUAACCAAAGACACUGCUUUUUUUUGUGGGCGGCUGGCACAUUUAAUUUCAGCUUUAAAGCAGUGUCGACGGGGUGUCCUUGUAAUAUAUUGCCAAUACAAUUGUUUCCUUUGCUUUUGUGGUAUUUUUUUUUUUUCGCUUUUAACGAGGGAGGACACCAGUCUCUUUCAUGACACCAAGGCGAUAUAUUUGAGUUAAGAUGAGAAAAAAAAAAAUUAGUACUCUUUGAGGUAAACAAAACGUCAGGUGCAAACUUGAGCCAUGUAAGCGUAUCAUCAACCUAAUCUACAUUGAGAAUUUUCAAUGUGAUUGAUAUCAAGCGGAUUCACUUUAAUUAUAUUCAAUUUUACCCUCCUUCUUAUUUGAAUUUGGUUAUUUAGAGGCAUAGGUGUUCAAGUUUGGGUUUAUCACUUGAAAUAUCUUAGCUUAAAAAAGUGUUGAUGGUCUUUUCAAUUUUCAUUUCCACAAAAUUAAAUCUAUCGCUGUUCAGUAUGUUCUCUGUUUCAAGUAUUUCCUUAAGCUUUCAUCUUAUCGUUGAAGAAUUCUUUUUUAAUUAAUUAUCACUUGAAAUAUUUUAGCUUAAAAAAGUGUUGAUGGUCUUUUCAAUUUCAUUUCCACAAAAAUAAAUCUAUCACUGUUCAGCAUGUUCUCUGUUUCAAGUAUUUCCUUAAAUUAAAAUAAAUGUGCAUGCUUUCUCGCACGUCUUUGUCGUGGAGCUUUUUGAAGCGGUCCAACCUUUUUUAUUUUUUAUUUUGAUCCUUCAAUAAAUUAAAAUUCAACUUCAUUUAACGCAUACAUCAAAGUGGGGACACUGAAAAACGUCUUGCGUUAGGCAAUCUUCGGCAAACGGUUAAUUAGUUAUUUACAAAGGCUAACAUCACGCAUUUAAGUUAUUUUUUUUCUCCUACAGUUUUCCUGUACUUCUUAAGACUCGAUGUUUUGUUUUCAAAUUAAGUUAAGCCAUGUGAUUAUUCAAGUGACGUACUCGCAAAUGUUAAAAAAUAAAAUCCUAUAACUGCGAAGCGUGCUGGUCACACAUCUGCCGCUUACAUUAAUAAUUACUUUUCUCUUUUAUGAUUCUGCAAUUCGCUGUAUUGUUUUGAGUGUUGAAAUAUAAGGUCUCGUUGCAUUUACAAGAGAGACCAGCGCGUUUCAUUUAGCUCGCUAUAGCUAGCUGAAAGGUGUUUUCACUAAUGACAAUAUGAUACUGUUCUCACCAGCCAUUGGUGAUCCUUCAACGAGUAAGGUCCUAACUUUUCUAUGGAUUUUUCGUUUUGGUGUACUGGUGUAUGGAGGUAAGUGACUCCUGCCAAAAGCUUGCAUCGCUGACACUUUCAUCCAUUAUAACUGUUUUAUUCCUGAUCAGAUUCAUAUCCUUGUGUUAAUGGUACAAAAGGAAGAAGAAAGUAAGUGUGUGAAAAGAGAAAACUCAUUAAGUUAACUUUAAAACUAUUCUGAGUGAUGAUGUAAAAUUUCGAAUUCUCAAGUAAAAAUGGCAGAAAUGGGAUAUUGCACGAUAGCACGUUAUUGCAAAACUGCCCGGUUUACAAUGCCGUGAUCUUAGUUGGGCGUAAAUGAAACGUGGACGUGGAGAGAAGAUCUGUUGGUAAAAUUAUUGCGGAUUGAAGGCGACAUUGGUCUAUAUAUAUGAUUUGUCCACAAUAUUUGAGUUGCUGAUGUCCGAUUAUUACCUAAUAAAUGGAACGGAAAGAGACACUGAUGAAGACCUUGAAAGCUGAAGGAGUAAUAGUAUGAUUUGCUAUCGUGAAGAAUUUCUAAAGCUGACGUUCCAAAGCGAAGCGCUAACGGUUAUUGAGUUCUACCCCCCACCGAGGCAGCGUCACAGUUUCCCUAGAAACCCACCCCCUCAUUUUAAAACCAGAUCCUAUUUAGAAUUAUAAUGGCGAACAUCAAUCUUAUUCUUCAAUGUAAUGGGUAAAUAAAAAAAUUAUGGUCCGAAAAAGCAACUUUUCUGGUAAGGUGAAUAUGAUGCAUGGAUAAUUCAAGUUUGCAGGCUAUUUAGCUAAGUCACUCACAUAACGAAUAGAGAGGAAAGGCUUAUCACCUGCCUUUCUUUCGAGGAUGAAAGAGCGUAGCAAAUAUUCGUGGUUUUUUUUUUUUUUUUUGGUCGAGCGGCAAAUCAAGAGUUAAUUAUGUAGUUUCCCUGGCAUUUAUGGAACAACUUUAAACCAAUAUUGCGAUAAAACUUAGGUUGUCGGCUUCCUUUAAGUUUGUGUGCUGUUUGAUUUCAUUUCUCAUUGGCUUCUUCAUUGGCUUAUUUAUUUCUUGCCAAACCCUUAGAUGAUUGCCGAGUGAUUCAGUUCAAAGCAGGAACGAAAAACAAGAUCUUAACAAAACACGUCAUUAGAAGUGAACAAGCAAAGGACAAGGAUAUCUGCGAGUUGAAAUGCUACUUUGAACCAAACUGUGUGUCCUAUAACUAUGGUCCGCUGGGAGAUGGAACAUUCACAUGCCAGCUAAGUAACAGAACUCAUUUGCAAGUCUCUCCCAGUUACUUCGAAUAUAGGAACGACUUUUUAUACAGAGCAAUCAUUGUAAGUAAAUAACAAUAUCAGUUUUACCAGGAUGAUCGUUCCGCGAACGAGAAACCUCUGUUUCAAGUUGAUCCUCCUCGUUAAUUGUUUACCACUUUAUUAUUUAUCUCUCUAAAUACUCAGUCUAUUUAUUUCCUUAUCUAAGCUUUAUCUAUCUAAUUACUUGAUUCAUCUUUUGCAUUUUAGAAUUCCUGUGAGAGCAAUCCGUGUGUUAGUCACUCUACUUGUCAAGCGGGGUUUGGUAGUCAUGGUUACCGCUGUAUUUGUUCUGACGGAUAUGAAGGAGAGCUUUGCCAAAUAGGUGAGAAAGGAAACUCCUCGUCACGGCAGGUCUUCAUCUCCCAGGUUCAUAGUUAAAGUUACACAAUAAAGCUGCAAAUAAAGUAGCCUCUCAGCAAGGAGAGUUUUGAAUCCUCAUCUGUUUAAUCAAUACAGCCUUAAUAUCUGCAUUAAAGGAUAUCUCCGUCACAGGGUAAGGGGCAAGUUAGAUUUGUUCUGUAUGUGCUCCCUUAAAUGCUAGAGGUUGUUAGAAGGAUUGAAACCCCAAGGUUGAGACAACUGUAGACGUCGUUAUAAGAUGUUCUUCUGCAGCAUUAACCGAGAGGUGAUAUUAAAGUAUUGCUGUCGUGAUGUGAUAAAUCCUAGAUAAUGGAGAUUACAGAAAAACGAGAAAGAAAGAGAAUAUCAGAAUAAGAAAGGGUGAUACGAAGGGAAAACUGCCUUCAUGUUGUCAACUAUGGAUAUUUGAUGCAAGGGCAAGAACAGAAAUGAAACGAAUAAAAGUAUAAGUUUCGUGCUGAAAGCAAAUAGUUCAGUGGAAUUUUGGAAUAACUGACAGAAAUAAUUGAUUAAUACCAUGGAGAUGAACUUUAGAUGAAAAAGAUCUAUUUCAAAAUAAGGAAUAUGUUUUUUUUCAUCUUCCUUUAAUCUUGAAUAGAUAUUGACGAAUGUGUCUAAGGCAAGGUGAAGUGUUCCUCUGAUGGCAGUUGUGUUAAUGUUAUGGGCUCAUACGUCUAACUUCUCCGUCUCUUGUAACUCGUGUGUAGAUAUUGAUGAGUGUACAUCAAGCAAACACGAUUGUUCCUCUGACGGCGACUGUGUUAAUGUCGUGGGUUCAUAUCAGUGCUUUUGCGAAUCUGGAUUUACUGGCGAUGGUAAAAUUUGCCAAGGUAACAUUUAUUUUAUAUAAAAGUGCAAAGCUAUCGAUUACUCUCUUCAUCAGUCUUGUAAGACAGAAAUAACUGAUGCAAUUCGCAGGGUCAAUUGUUCUUAAAAUUACUGCUAAAAAAUGGUAAGUCUUUACAUGUUUAUGUAUCUGAGAAGACUGCCUCCACAUCAUAGUCAGCAAAAUUGCACACAGAAUGAUGCCGAACUUCUGGCAAACCUGUGAAUCCGCGACCUCAACACAUUACACUUUUCAGUAGAUUCUGGGAAACGCCAAAAAAACAACCCCACCUCUUCUGAUAAUUUCCCUACAUCUUGAUUAGUCUCAUAUUCCAUUUCUACUUAGAUAUCGAUGAGUGUAACGAUGGAAGCCAUGACUGUUACUUUGCGGCCGAUUGUACAAACACCGCUGGAUCAUUCGACUGCAGCUGUCGGUCUGGACACCUUGGAGAUGGACGGCACUUUUGCUCAGGUAUAUCUUGAUCUUUAACCCAAAACACAAACAAAUGUGAGUGAAUAGUGUGGUUUGAACAUAACCACAGUUAUUCUUUAAUUACUUUCCUCAAAUAAAUCAAUUUAUUUGCGUUACCAUUUCCAAGACACGAAAACCUGAGGCUUUAUUUGAAACCUGGCAAACUUUUUAACAGAUAACUGGGAAAAGGUCAACAUCGAUCCUGUCUGUUUUGGGACAAAAAAUGACGACCACGGAACUUUUGAUAUCCGAGAAGCCGGUCAAGUCUACACUUUCAAACUCGUACAUACAAGUGGCUCCGUUACAUGCGACACUAAUCGCUCACCGACCAAAUGGGGAUGCUUACGGCCAGAAUACGGAAAUUAUAACCUGAUGACAGUGAUAACAUACAGCAACAAAACUGUUCUUCCACUUGCUGAGUUCGUGAAAAGUAACACCGAAAACAAACUGUAUACUUACCAACUUGAUGGUGCUGAUGUCAACUCUCCCAUGCUUGUGUUUAAUUUUCUCCCCAUGCCCUUGGUUGUAUCUGUUGGCCAACAGUUCCAAAUUUGGUAUGCGCAUGACCUGGUUGGUUCUACCGAGUAUAAUAACGAUGGUGAGACAUGUGCGGACGUUUAUGCUUUGUACCCUUUAAACUGAAAUUCAGCAUUGAACUAAAUCUGAGAUUUGGAAGGUCGAAAGUUUAUUUAUGGAGAUCAAAGUUUUAAUUUGAUUUAAAAAGAUCAAGUUAGAGUCAAAUUGAGAGAAGAAAAAGUACGCCUGAAAGAUUAUUAAAAUGUCAUGGGGGAGAGGGUGAAAAUAGGCGUGUGUUGCUGUUUUGAAGGCUAGAGCGUAAUCUUCGAAGAUCAUUUGGCCAGCAUGCCUACUCAUGCCUACCGAAAGUGAAUGUAAAGCGCGUACUAUUAAGUUAGAAGUCAGCCCACCAGAUUAACUCAAAGUAAAUUAGAGUCGAUCAGAGAGACAAUCAGAGUUUAUCAGUCAGUCUGAGUUAUAACGAGUUAACUCAAGAGGGAUGAAUUUUCUGUAAAUAUAAUUGUAUAAGAGAACAUAUAUCAAAGAAGAUUGAAAAGGACGGAUGGAGGAUCCUUGGUGCCUUUCGCCGAGCGAAGUUCCAUCUGCAGUAUUUCAGAAACCUUUUCUACAGCGGUUGCUAUAAUUAUUAUUUAGAAAGUUGAGACCUGAACAAUACCAGAUAUAACGUUCUCAUAUCAAAGUAGUUAGAUUUUAGCAUUAGCUUGGAAGAGAAGUGUCAAAUACAUUUAAUCAGUGUGGUUUCAAGUAAAAGAAGGGGCCGAGAAAAAUUCAUUUAACAUUUUAAAAAUUAACAGACCUUCUUAAAUUUAUCAUCAUGUGAUAAAUUUAUCAUAUCAUGUGAUAUGUAACCAAGUUCCAAUUAAUUUCAGUCACGGCUGUUAUUUGGGAAUGAUAACAGAAGACGGAUUGAAUAAAUUCCACAUGUUUGUCGGUCUCUUUCGAGCUCGCAUUUUGUUCAGUUCUAGUAAUUCUGAGUAAUUUUCAUUUUGAAUGGUAUACGCGCUAUUUGAAUGGUAGAAUUGCCAAAAGUGAAUUUAAAAAAAUCGAAUAUUUGGAAGUACUUUACCAUUUUUCAAUCCAUAGAUUCGAGAUGGCCAAUUAAAAAAAAAUAGUUGUGUAUUGGAGACGAGCUGUUCACAUGGCUAUGGCUUGCCUUGUAGCCCCUUAUGAUUCUUAUUCAAUUAGACAAACAGUAACGAUAGAGGGAGACACAGACAGAGACGUUCAGCCUGGUUUUUUUAAAGGGAUGAUAACACUAUCUACUGGAUAAACUGCUAUCCGACGUGCAGCGCAGUAGGUUUCGUUAUUACUUAUCGUCUGGAUAACGAUUUAUCCGUUGUAUAGCAAUGCCCUUUAUCUGUCCUUUAAAAAACUGGUCCUGAUGGACAUGUAGCGAGAUUGACGAACACUGAAACAGGCCUGAGAGAGAGAGAGAGAGAGAGAGAGAGAGAGAGAGAGAGAAAACAAAAGGAGCUUCGUGAGAAAGAACUGAGUAGACGAAAAGGUGGCGGACUAUCACGGAUACAGCAGAUACCACCUCCAAUGUAUUACAUUUUUUAUUCUUUUUAUAUUUUAUUAACUUUUAUAUAUCCUGUGCUUCGUUGUAUGGAUAGAUCUUUACGAAUGUAUCAUAAAUAAUGACGAUUGUUCCUUUUACGGCGACUGCACUAACGUUGUGGGGUCAUAUCAGUGCACAUGUAGGCAUGGAUUUACUAAAGAUGGGAAAAACUGCCAAGGUAAGCCUUUACAUCAGUGAAAUUCGACCCUCCGAUAACAUGGCAAGGAGCAAGUACAGUGAGAAUUGUUCCACAUCUGAUCUCACGAGGAACGUUAAAAGUUGUCAAAGGAAUUAAAAUCCCCUAAGUUGGAGCAAAUAAAGUUAAAUGUAAUCUUAUUAAAUGAAUGAUCUCAUCCAAGAUGAUAUGAGGAGCAAGAGAAUAUCAACUGUUGAUAUUCAAUUGAUACUCUCUUGAUGUUCUCUUGAUGAGGAAUGAUAUCAAUGGAACAUUGUCGUGACGCAGCAAACCCUGAAAAAUGGAUCAUUGAGCGAGAUGAGAAAAUAAAUGAAUAAUGGAUGCUUUGAGACAGUACAAAAUUAAUGAAAUAUUUUUGUGAUAUUGUAAAUUCUGGAUAACUGAUAUUAGGGCAAGAACAGAAACUAAACGAAUAAUGUUGUAAGUUUCGUGCUGAGAUCAAUUAGAUAUAAUUCUGGAGGACCUGACCGGGAGAUUUGAAUACAGAGGGAGACGGGCUUUCGGAAGAGAAAGGAUUAAUUAGAUUAUACGGAAUUUCAUACUUCUUUCGUUUUCGUGGAUCUUGAAUAGAUUUUGACGAAUGCGCCUUAGCCAAAGACGAUUAUUCCUGUGAUGGCAACUUUCUUAAUGUUAUGGGUUCACACGGAUGCACAUGUAAACCUGGAUUUACAGGUGUUGGUAAAACAUGCCAAGGCAUGUUUUUAACUAGAAAAGCUAACAGGCAUGCAAUAACAAGGGUACCGACUGAUUGUAAAGAAUAGGGAAUCAGCACAAAAUGUCCUACUCAAGCGACACACCUUGCUCAAAGGUAGAAAAUGGUUGAAGCAUGAAUGAUUUAGAAACCAACUAACCGCAACAGCAAUUAAAUUUUGUUAUCUUUAUUUUUUCGCAUUGAUCUUUUUGCAGAUAUUGACGAAUGUGCUCUGCAAAAACACAGUUGUUCGUCUAACGGGGAAUGCGCCAAUAUGGUGGGUUCAUAUCAGUGUAUGUGUAAACCUAAAUUUACCGGCGAUGGUAUAACUUGCCAAGGUGAGAUUUUUAUUUACUUGGAAAAACAGUUACGAUAG